GAAGCGGAGAACUUCGACCUCGACAUCUCCGGGUCCGAGUCGGACGACUACGCGCCCGUCGUGAAGAAGAAGCCCACCAAAACCGCAGCCAAACCAACCACGAAACCGAAAACCACGAAAGCCGCGCCUGCGAAGAAGGCAGCAGCCCCGAAGAAGAAAGCCCCCCUCGUCGACGUAGAUUCUAAUGCGGACGACGAUAUGAUGAUGGACGAUGAUGACGACGGCGACGGGUCGGGGCCUUCUGCGCCGAGGGCUGUUCCUGCGGCGAAGAAGAAGAACGCGUCGGAGAUGUAUCAGAAGCUCUCCCAACUCGAACAUAUCCUCAAACGUCCCGAUUCGUAUAUCGGCUCCGUCGAGACGAUCACGCAGAACAUAUGGACGUAUGAUUCGGACACGAAGCGCAUGGUCCUGCGCGAUGUGAAGUACGUUCCUGGUUUCUUCAAGAUCGUGGACGAAAUCUUGGUUAAUGCUGCUGACAACAAGAUCAACGACCCCAACAUGGACACCCUCAAAGUCGAAAUCGACGUCGAAUCCUCCUCCAUCUCCGUCUUCAACAACGGCCGGGGCAUCCCCAUCGAGAUCCACUCCAAGGAAAAGAUCUACAUCCCCGAAAUGAUCUUCGGCCACCUCCUCUCCUCGUCCAACUACGACGACGACGAAAAGAAGCUGACGGGCGGACGUAACGGCUACGGCGCGAAACUCGCGAACAUCUAUUCGCACGAGUUCACCGUCGACACCGCGGACAAGAACAGUGGCCAGAAGUACAAGCAGACGUGGAGCGACAAUAUGGGUAAAGUCGGCAAAGCGAAGAUCACGAAAAACGCGCGCGGCGAGGAAUACACCAAAGUGACCUUCAAGCCCGACCUCGCCCGUUUCGGGAUGGAUUCUAUCGACGACGACACGGUCUCUCUGCUCAAGAAACGGGUGUACGACAUGGCCGGCACCGUGAAGGACAUCAAAGUCUUCCUGAACGGCGAGCGCAUCAAGGUCAAGGGCUUCAAGUCCUACGUCGAGAUGUACCUCACUUCUGCAGCCGAAGCCGCCGCGGAAACCUCAGGCGGCGCAGCCCAGGCGAAACCGUCGUUCAUCUACGAACGCAUCAACGACCGUUGGGAAGUCGCCUUCGCCUGUUCAUUAGAGGGUCAAUUCCAACACGUCUCCUUCGCGAACUCGAUCUCCACGAUCAAAGGCGGCACGCACGUCACGACCGUGUCGGACCAGAUCGCGAAGAACAUCAUACAGGUGGUGAAGAGCAAGAAUAAGGGCGCGCAGUUGACGCCGGCGAAGGUGAAGGACCAGAUGUGGGUGUUCGUGAAUGGGUUGAUCGAGAAUCCGACGUUCGACAGUCAGACGAAGGAGACGAUGACGUUGCCGGUGAGCAAGUUUGGCUCGAAGCCGACGCUUUCGGAGGAUUUUUUGAAGAAGGUCAAUAAGUCCGCGGUGAUUGAGAGGGUCCUGAAUUGGGCGCAGUUCAAAGCCCAGCAGGAGAUCAAGAAGACCGACGGCACGAAACGCACCCGGCUCGCUGGGAUGACCAAGCUCGCCGACGCAAACAACGCCGGGACCAAGAACGCGUCCAAAUGCACGCUCAUCCUCACCGAGGGCGACUCCGCCAAGGCCCUCGCCGUCGCGGGGCUCGGUGUCGUCGGGCGCGACAACUUCGGCGUGUUUCCGCUGAGGGGCAAGAUGCUGAAUGUGCGCGAGGCGAAACAUGAUCAGAUUAUGAAGAAUGAGGAGAUUCAGAAUAUUAAGAAGAUUAUGGGGUUGCAGUCUAAUAAGGAUUAUAGCAAUACGUCGAGUUUGAGGUAUGGGAGGUUGAUGAUCAUGACCGAUCAGGAUCACGAUGGCUCGCAUAUCAAGGGCCUGCUCAUCAACUUCCUAGACCAUUUCUUCCCUUCGCUCCUGAAGCUGGACGAUUUCCUGGUCGAGUUCGUCACGCCCAUCGUCCGUGUCACGAAGGGCAAGGACCGCAUCGACUUCUUCACGAUCCCCGAGUACGAGAAAUGGCUCGAAGUCACGCCGGAUGCGCAUAGAUGGACGUCCAAGUAUUACAAGGCGCGUCUCGGUCUGGGUACGAGUAAGGACUCCGACGCGCGCGAUUAUUUCAGCCAUAUGGCGAAACAUAUGAUCUCGUUUGCGCCUACUGCGGAAGGCGACCGUGAGUUGAUCGAUUUGGCGUUCAGCAAGAAGAAGGCGGACGAGCGGAAGGAGUGGCUGAGACAGUUGAGGCCUGGAACCUUCCUGAACCACGACACCGACGAGAUCUCGAUCAACGACUUUAUCAACAAGGAGCUCAUCUUGUUCUCGUAUGCGGAUAACGUGCGGUCCAUCCCUUGUGUCGCGGAUGGGUUGAAGCCUGGUCAGAGGAAGGUCGUCUGGGGUUGUUUCAGGCGUAAGAUGAGGACCGAAGUCAAGGUCGCCCAACUCGUCGGCUACAUCUCCGAACACGCAGCCUACCACCACGGCGAACAAUCCCUGACCCAAACCAUCGUCAACCUCGCGCAAGACUACGUCGGCGCGAACAACCUGAACCUGCUCAUGCCAAAUGGUCAAUACGGUACGCGCGACCAGGGCGGAAAGGACCAUGCGGCGCCGAGGUAUAUCUUCACGGAGACGGCGGCAGUGACGAGGGCGAUAUUCCAUCCUGCGGACGAUCCGUUGUUGAAUUAUUUGAAGGAUGAUAAUGAUCCGAUUGAGCCGGAGUGGUAUAUGCCUGUGUUGCCGAUGGUGUUGGUGAAUGGAGCGGAGGGUAUCGGUACCGGUUGGAGCACGUCCAUCCCGAACUACAACCCGGAAGAGAUCGUGGACAAUCUCCGGCGGAUGAUGAAAGGCGAGGACGUCGUGCCCAUGAGCCCGUGGUACCGCGGUUUCAAGGGCGAGAUCAAGAAGACGGGGGAUAAUAAGUAUGACGUGUUUGGGUGCGUAAGGAAGGUGAACGAUACGACGGUCGAGAUCACGGAGUUGCCGAUCCAUAAGUGGACGCAGACGUAUAAGGGUGAGUUGGAGAGCAUGAUUGGCGAGAAGGGGGAUGGUGUUAUCAAGGACUACAAAGAACACCACGACAACACGAACGUCCACUUCGUGAUCAACAUGGCCGCGAAGGAUCUCGAGAAGGCAGAGGCGCAGGGCUUGAUAGAGUUCUUCAAGCUGACCGGUAAGAUCAGCACGAACAACAUGAUGUGCUUCGACUUUGACGGCAAGAUCAAGAAGUACACGUCGCCGGAGGAGAUCCUCGAGGACUUUUAUCCGAAGCGUUUGGCGUAUUAUCAGAAGCGCAAGGACCACAUGGCCGCCGACCUACAGAACCAAUUCGAGAAACUCUCCAACCAAGCGCGCUUCAUCCAAAUGAUCGUCAGCAAAGAGCUCGUCGUCUCCAACCGGAAGAAAGCGGACAUCGUCCAGGAGCUGCGCAAGCACGAGUUCCGGCCGUUCGCGAAGAUCGUAAAGGCGCGUGCGGCGGGGGAGACGGCGCCGACGGUCGAGGAGGAGGAGAUCGAGGCGGCGGAGAGGGAGGAGGCAGAGACGGGGGCGACGACCGAUUUUGAUUAUUUGUUGCAGAUGGCGAUCUCGAGCUUGACGAAGGAGAAGAUUGCGAGACUCCUUCAGCAAGCGAGGGAUAAGGAGGAAGAGCUGUUCCAGUUGCUCAAGCUCACGCCCGUCGAAAUUUGGAAUACGGACCUCGACAAGUUCCUCGAGGCAUACAGGGCCCACAAUGCCGAGCGAGACCAGCGUAGCGAGACAGACUCCACCGGCAAGAAAGUCAAGCGGAAGCAAGCAACGCUCAAGACUCGCAAGUCCUUGCCUGGCGCUGGCAAGCGUAAAGGCGACGACGACGAUGACGGUUCAGACUACGACUUCAAGCCGACCAAAGCAGCGGCUAAGAAACCAGCACCCGCCGUGUCCAAAGCUGCUCCUAAUGCUGCUGCCGCCUCGAAGUCCAAAGCGACGAAGCCGACCGUGGUCAAGCCUUCUGGCUCGACGAUCAAGAUGGAUGACGAUGACGAUGAUGAUCCUCCGUCUGCUCCUCCGUCAAAAAAGCGAGGAGCUGCUGCUGCUGCUGCGACGAAGAAGAAGCCUGCACCGAAGGACGAGUCGGAUUCGGAUAUUCAGAUGAUUAACGACGAUGAUGAUGACUUUGAGUCUGUACCGCCACCACCGAAGAAGAAGCCUGCGCCGGCGAAGAAGAAAGUGGUCAAGUCUGAUGAUGACUCGGAUGACGAUGUCGUGGCGGCUGCUAUCGCGAAGGGCAAGGGCAAAGCGAAGGCUGCACCUAAGCGCAAGAGCCCGGCAGAUGACGCAGACAGCGAUGAUUCGGUCGUAAUCAGACCUGCGAAGAAGAAACAAGCCACCUCUCAGCCCGAAGUCACCGACUUCUUCUCUAAGAAACCCCCUGCGAAACCUUCAACCGCCAAAUCCACGACGACCGCUCGCAAAGUCUCUUCUUCUACCGCUACCACCAGCAGUAAAGGUAGCAAGGCGCCUCCCGCAAAGAAGGGCAGGAAGGUGGUGGAUUCGGAUGACGAUGACGACGAGAUCGACUUUUCCAAGGGUGGUGGUGAUGAUUCAGAUUCGCCGCCUCCGCCAGCUAGGGCUGCACCUGCGCGAGCGGCGAGGGGAAAGGCGAAGCCGGCCUACAUCGAGCUUUCGGACGAUGAUGACGAGUUCUAGGCAGGUCGGCUGGUGGAUCGUGCAUCUCUAUCAUUAUGUGACCGCUUUCAUGGUUCUUGUCGAUGUCUUUCUUUCCGCUAUCUUUCCGGGUUUCGAAUUCCAUUCAGUAUGCGGGCGCGUGUGUUUCUCGCUAGCGCAGACAAUGUGCCACACUUCCCUUGUCCUCCACGUCCCAUGUGCAUAGACCAAGUAUCGUAGUUUAGUUCAGCGCGUGUGUAUUGUUCUGUAGCUUUAUUUUUAUUUCUUCAUACGUCUGUCACACGUGCACUCCGGAAUGCGCUGACGCAUCGUGCCGUCGAUUCAGAUGUUGCCUUCGACGACAUAAUAUGUACAUAAAGACGGUCUGCACCAGGAGACGGAGAGUAUAAAGACAGAGCAAGGAUUAAAGGGCUGUGGAAAGACAAGCAAACCUACAUGAUCUAAUCUUCAAAAGGGUUCAUCUCUCUCUCCAUAUCAUUCUCCAUUUCUUUGAACUCCUGCGGAAUAUUAUUAGAUAAGCUAUGCUCAAGCAGGUCUUGAAACUCCUUCUCCAAGCCAACGAUAGCGGGGUACUGCGUCGAAUCUCGACCACGAAUAUUUAGUAGGAAGUUAUCCGGCUCCGUCUCGGCGAGAUAAGGAUCGGAGUAGCCUUUCCAAACCUUGGCCCUCUGCUUAGGCUUCAUAUUUGGCUUCCUGUCGUACGGUGUUAUGGCUCUGCGACGUGUGAGCUCACUCUUGACACCGACUUGGCCGUGAAAGUCGGCUGUUGCGCAGAGGUCCAUGACGAUGAUGAGCGUCUCUUGCUUCCUCCGCACAGGAAACUGACCGUCCACGGAAGGAUAGACGAUGUGCGGGACGGUGAGAGAGUCGCUGACUGCCUUCGAUAUAGCAUGACUUUGCGCCUUGCUCUGCUCUCCGAUAAGAAUCAGGUGCAGACUGUCGUAUGGUUCGUUCAUGGGGCCAACAUACGCAGGAAACAACAUGUCGACAGACUCCUGGUUAGGCGAGCAUUGAAACGCGGCUCCAGUGGAGAAGGCCCACUCCACUAGGGCGAUUGGAAUUUCGGAGAAUGAGCGAGUAAGACCAUGGAUGUGGGUCCAGGUCAUAACCGCUUUCUCGCUGAAAGCACGAAGCUCAGGCUCCAGCGCUUUGGAAGCCGAGUCGUGGCACCCGUAAUUCGAGCCUGCCAGUUCCGAGAGCCACUGCGCCAGCGUGAAGGAGCGAACGGCAGACUUCUGGUCGUUGAAGAACGAAGUGUGGAUUUGAUCGCGGGUAAAAAUACAGAGAAGUCGGCUGCAGAGCUCGCCCUGCGCUCCACGAUCGAUGAUAAGGCCCUGAAGGAUAAGCGUGUUGACAAGAAUCUGUAGCGCUUCGCGGUACUGUUCCCUGUCUUCGUUCAACGCGGAGGCCGCAGCGAGGGCGAGAGCUGGCUCUGAAGGUGCCCUUGUCUCCAUCUUGUCGCGAACAACUGAAACGAUCAUACGCAUAUGAUGGCUGACCAAGUCGGCUUCGAAACGUGUGGCGGCUUCAUUCUGUCCAAGUUCGAGGGGCAGCCGUGAGGCGAACGCAGCGAACACGUGACUUUUGUUGUAGGAAUGGAAGCCGGUGGUAGUGGCGGACCAGAACAACUUGCGGCUGGCAUAUUCGACGACGGCAGAAUCGGGAAGCGUCGCCCAAUACGGACGACCAUACAUCUUGAGAUGUCUCAACUCCAGCACCUCGUUGGGGUGCUUCAUGGAUACAUGUCCAGCCAUUUGAUUGAACCCAAGAUAGACGAAAGGGUUCAGAGGAACAAGACCGUCUCUCAAGCGCUCGGAGCCCGCUCGUGGUCCUGAUGGCGCGAGCAUAAAUGCCUUGGAGUUAGUAUCGAGCUCCAGGAACCAGAACACAGUCUUCGUCUGUAGAAUGUCGGCCGCCUUGAAUAUGCGCUGCAUAGCAAUGAGUGACAUCGAGUUGGAAGGGAGAAGAUCGUCUGGGUCGAAGUCGCCCAGGGCACCACAUUCGUCCAGAGCGAUGAAGAAUCGAUCAUUUUUGUUCAACGCUUGGACCUUGGCGUCCAAAGCUUGAAACCCCUCCAGGCAGAAUUGGGUGAAAAGGUUCUCGUGCCAUCUGGGAGCCUCGAACAAAGGAUCUCGUUGGUCGGACGCGGACGAGGAUGAGGACGAAGGAGAUAGACCAGCAUGGCCGUCUUUAGGCUGUUCCUGGACACGGCUUAUCCAAGCACGCUCCCUUUCGAGCCAUCCCUUCUUCUCCCUCAACAUCUUUGUCGCUCGAGAUACGACUGCAUUCACAUACUCUGCUCGUCUGUCUGGGCCGGAAUCGUUCGGAAGAACGUAUUUCCAAGUCGCGAGCGGAUCCGAGGGCGGCUGAUCAGAAUUGUGCGAAGAGCUCUCUGGUAUCGGUAUGGAGUCGGCGAUGACCUGUGUCAGUGCUCCUAGAAAUGCAGCAGACAGCUCUUCUCCCUUAUACUUGCCAUUGGAGUGAGUAUUGAAGAACUGCAAUGCCGCAACGUCACCAGGUGGCCAACCAGAGGUAAGCUUGGUAUCACUUCGAAGGCAGAUACUGAUCAGGUGAUCCUCUGAUGAAAGCUCCUUCACUAAGCGUGAUUUUCCACAUGCGCUAGACUGUAGGAUGGCAAUCACGCGGCCGUAGUGUAUCUUCGGGUUGUAUUGCUUAUUAUAACUAUGUAAAGCGGUUUUGAACCGUGUCUUUGCGUUUCCCUCAUAUGUCCUUCCAAACGCGAGCUCAAGGGCGACAGCACUUGCGGUCACGCUAUGUUGGAUACCUUGUGGGUUCGAUUGAACGAGUUCGUGCUCUACAUCGGGGAGGCAUGCUUGAAGGAAAAAACGUUCUGGUUUGGCGAAGUUCUUCAAAAAGAGUUCUUCGGCAUCGUCCCUCAUGGUUCGCGGCCCGUCCUGAAAGAGAGCGUGUACGAGCUGAUCUGGCGGAGCUGUGAGAGAGGCUCUAGCAUAAUCUUUGACGUCGUAUUGAAGAUAGCGAAUGAGAAAGCGGAGGAGCGAUUUCUUGUCCGCGCUGUCGCUCACUGAAAGUUCUGAGCGUGUUCUAUCGAGCUGUCGUGCCAACCCCGGAACGGACUGCAACCACUCAGAGACCGCGAGUUCUCCGGCAGGAUCAGUUUGGCUCUUGUCUGGCUGGUGUUUCG